AGCGUCGAGGUCUAUAUGGCGUGUGCCUCCGCCGCCAUCUUGGAUCCGGGCACGAAGGCCCAGGUUCACCGCACCGCCUCCCCCACAGCUUUCAUCCAGUCGGAUAGCAUAAUAGAAGUGCUACGUUUCAAUGAAGGAGGCCUACUGCAGACUGACACAACUAUUGGCCUCAGCUCAUAUCAACAGAAAAGUGUAUCCCUGUACCGGGGGAAUUGCAGACCUAUCCGGUUUGAACCACCAAUGCUGGAUUUCCAUGAACAGCCAGUUGGGAUGCCAAAAAUGGAAAAAGUUUAUCUACAUAACCCUAGUUCAGAAGAAACUAUUAUAUUAGUAUCAAUAUCUGCUACAACAUCACAUUUUCAUGCAUCAUUCUUUCAAAAUAGGAAAAUUCUUCCUGGAGGGAACACAUCUUUUGAUGUCGUUUUCCUUGCAAGAGUAGUGGGGAAUGUAGAGAACACUUUAUUUAUUAACACUUCUAAUCAUGGGGUAUUUACUUACCAGGUAUUUGGCGUUGGGGUCCCGAACCCUUAUCGGUUGCGCCCUUUUAUUGGGGCAAGAGUUCCUGUAAAUAGCAGUUUUUCUCCUAUAAUAAAUAUACACAAUCCCCACAGUGAACCUUUGCAGGUGGUAGAAAUGUAUUCAAGUGGAGGUGAUCUCCAUUUAGAGCUUCCAACAGGUCAACAAGGGGGUACAAAAAAUCUCUGGGAAAUUCCUCCCUAUGAAACAAAAGGAGUGAUGAGAGCCAGUUUUUCUUCAAGAGAAGCAGAUAAUCAUACAGCCUUCAUAAGAAUAAAAACAAAUGCCUCAGACAACACAGAAUUUAUCAUUCUUCCUGUUGAAGUAGAGGUUACGACAGCUCCAGGAAUCUAUUCAUCAACAGAAAUGCUAGAUUUUGGUAUGCUGCGGACACAAGAUAUGCCAAAAAUUUUAAAUCUACAUUUAUUAAAUUCAGGAACAAAGGAUGUACCAAUUACAAGUGUUAGAGCCACACCACAAAAUGAAGCUAUAACAGUGCACUUCAAGCCAGUUACGUUAAAAGCUUCUGAAAGUAAAUAUACAAAAGUUGCAAGCAUCAGUUUUGAUGCAUCAAAAGCAAAAAGACCUGCUCAGUCUUCUGGAAAAAUAACUGUUAAAGCAAAAGAGAAGAGUUAUUCAAAACUUGAAAUUCCAUAUCAAGUAGAAAUAUUAGAUGGGUAUUUGGGAUUUGACCAUGCUGCCACAUUGUUUCAUAUCCGGGACAGUCCUGCUGAUUCUGUGGAAAGGCCAAUAUAUCUUACAAAUACAUUCAAUUUUGCAGUCCUCAUUCAUGAUGUGGUGUUACCAGAGGAAGUAAAAACAAUGUUUAAAGUCCAGAACUUCAGCAAACCAGUCUUGAUCCCACCUAAUGAAUCCAUAUAUAUUUUCACACUUUAUUUUAUGCCUUCCACAUCAUCUGUUCAUAUAGAUAACAAUAUUUUACUUAUCACCAAUGCUUCCAAAUUUCAACUACCUGUGCGAGCAUAUACUGGAUUUUUAGAUUACUUUGUAUUGCCUCCUAAACUCGAGGAACGUUUCAUAGAUUUUGGCAUAUUGAGUGCCACAGAAACUACUAGCAUUUUAUUUGCAAUCAUCAACAGUAAUCCCAUUGAGCUGGCUAUAAAAAGCUGGCAUGUUAUAGGGGAUGGCUUGGCUGUAGAACUCCUGGUUACUGAGAGAGGCAAUAGAACCACAAUAAUUGCCAACAUUCCAGAACUAGAAAAUGCCAGUGUAUCUGAUCAGUCUUCAGUAAUAUUAACAUCUGGUUAUUAUGCUGUGUUUAGAGUAAAACUAAUAGCAAAAGAACUUGAAGGAAUUCAUGAUGGAGCCAUACAAAUCACAACUGAUUAUGAGAUUUUAACAAUUCCUGUGAAGGCUGUAAUUGCUGUGGGUUCACUGACUUGCUCUCCUAAACACAUUCACCUUCCACCUUCCUUUCCAGGGAAAAUAGUUCAUCAGAGUUUAAAUAUUCUGAAUUCCUUCUCUCAGAAGGUGAAAAUACAACAUUUACGUUCUCUGUCUGAAGAUGUGCGGUUUUAUUACAAGAGAUUAAGGAGCAAUAAAGAAGAUUUAGAGCCAGGAAAAAAAUCAAAGAUAGCAAAUAUAUAUUUUGAUCCUGGAUUACAGUGCGGGAAUCACUGUUACGCUGGAUUGCCUUUCUUAUUUAAAUCUGAACCUAAAAUUCAGCACAGCUUAACGAUGCAAGAAGAUGCAUGGGAUUCAGACUGGGAUUUGCAUGAGAAUUUGUUCAGAAUGUGGGCGGGAAUCAGUGAGAAUUCAGAUCAUAGAUUGAGUGCCAUGUUUGAAGUGGACACUGAUCUCCAGAAGGAUGUAAUAUUGAAAAUCACAGCCGAACUGGCCUGGCCAUCCAUACUCAGCUCACAACGCCAUUUAAGUUUCCCGCUUACCAAUACCAACAGCUCGUCAGUAAGUGAAGAAGAAAUUCUUCUAGAAAACCCUGCAGAUGUUCCUGUCUAUGUUCAGUUCCUUCCCUUAGCUCUGUAUUCCAACCCAUCAGCUUUUGUAGACAAAUUAAUAGAGCGGUUUAAUUUGAGUAAGCCAACAAAUUUCCAUUUAAGAACACUAGAAUUCCAGGUUUCCAGAAACUCUGUUCAGCCAUUGCAGAGCACUACAGGAUUUGCAGAGGGUUUAUCUCGACAUUCAGUUUUAAACGUAGUUUUAAAGCCUGGGGAACGAAAAUCUGUCAAAGUAAAAUUUACUCCAGUUCUUAAUAAGACUGUGACAUCAUUAAUUAUCAUCAGAAAUAAUUUGACUGUAAUAGAUACUAUAAUGGUAGAAGGCCAAGGAACAACUGAAAGCCUGAGGGUUGCAGGCAAGCCUCCUGGGCCAGGAAGUUCUUUACGUUUUAAGAUCACUGAAGCAUUAUUAAAAGACUGUUCAGAAAAAAUGAAAUUAAAAGAACCAAAUUUCACACUGAAAAGAACGUUCAAAGUGGAGAACACAGGGCAGCUUCAGGUUAAUGUGAAGUCCAUGGAAAUCAGUGGCUAUACCUGUGAGGGAUAUGGAUUUAAAGUUGUUAACUGUCAGGAGUUUGCACUAAGUGCCAAUGCUUCUAAAGACAUUGUCAUAUUGUUUACACCAGAUUUCACUGCUUCCAGAGUAAUUCGUGAACUGAAGUUCAUUACAGCAGGAGGCUCUGAAUUUAUAUUUGUAUUGAAUGCAUCCCUGCCAUAUCAUAUGUUAGCAACAUGUGCAGAAGCCCUGCCCAGACCCAACUGGGAGUUGGCACUGUACAUAAUUAUCUCAGGAAUUAUGAGUGUACUUUUUCUCUUGGUAAUUGGAACAGCCUAUUUAGAUGCUCAAGGAAUUUGGGAGCCAUUCAGGAGGCGCCUGUCCUUUGAGGCAUCAAACCCUCCCUUUGAUAUGGGAAGGCCAUUUGAUCUCAGGAGAAUCGUUGGAAUUUCAUCUGAUGGAAACUUGAAUGCACUUGGAUCGGAUUCUAAUCACAGUUCCUCCAGAGGAAUCUAUGGAGCAGGUGGUUCCUCAUCACGAUCCAGCACAGGAAGUCAUAAGCAAUGCAAUCCAACAGCACAUCUGCACAGCAAUAGAAAUUCAACAGAUGUUGAAAAUGUUAAAACUAAAAACAAUUCAAAUGUUGGUAGCAGGACUUCCCUACAGGCAGCUUCCAUGCAGUCAUCUAACAGAGCGGGUCCCCUUAUCCUGGAUUCAAGUGCUAUAGCUCAGAAUCCUGCAGUAGGCAGACGAUCCAGGGGGGCGAAGCAGAGCCAACAAACAAACCAGCAGCAUUCUCAUGCUCUGCUAGAACAACACUCCCAACAGCCAAUACCAACAGUGCCUCAGCAACAAGAGCUACAGACUGAAAGUUCAUUGUCACAAUCACCACUUCUUAGCCCUUCACAUCCCGAAUGUCCUAGCAACACAAGGCACAGCUCAGAGGAUUCAGAUAUUGCUGGUCUUAUAGAAACCAUGGACAAAGAGUUUGACCACCCAGAAUCCCCUUCCCCAGAUGUGUUCACAGAGCAGCCCCCUUCUCCAAUAACAAAAAACAAAGGAAAAGGGAAACCGUUUCAGCGCAAAUCUAAACCACAGAAGAAGAGGGAAGAAAAGGAGAGAAGAGGAAAGGGAAAGCAACAGGAGGAUGAACUGAAAGAUUCUUUAGCAGAUGAUGACAGUUCGUCAACCACCACAGAAACCUCCAAUCCAGACACAGAACCGCUCCUGAAGGAGGAACCAGAAAAGCAAAAGGGAAAACAAGCCAUGCCAGAAAAGCAUGAGAGUGAAAUAUUCCAAAAAAAACAGAGGGGGAAAAAAGUAUCAAAUGUCAAGAAAGAAAUUCCAGCUGAAGUGAAAUCCAGUUCCUUGGAGCUACCAUGUACUUCCCCACUAGAAAACAAACGCAAAACCUUUUCAUCCAAGAUGUCUCUUCAGCACAUGCUGGCAAAUGGGUCCAAAUCAAGAAACCUCCAGAAAACAAGAGGUCCAAACAAUAAGUUAAUGGACAGCAGGCCAUCAACACUAGCAAAAUUUCUCCCCACUGGCUCUGGACAGGAACUAGGCAAUACCAGCAGUUCAGAAGGGGAAAAAGAUUCUCCACCACCAGAGUGGGACUGCGUGCCACUUCACAAAGCAGGCAGCUCUAUGGACAACCUUUAUAAACUGUCUCUGCAAACUCUCAACGCAGAUGCUUUCUUGAAACAACGACAGACCUCACCAACUCCUGCUUCUCCAUCUCCACCCCCUGCAAAUCUAGCUUUUGUGCCACGGAACACUUACAGUAGUAUUGUGAACAGUAGUUGCAACAAUGAAGCAAAAAGCAAACAGCUUAAUAGUGCCAAACACAAGUUGGCAAAGGCAGCUUCUCUCCCUGGCAGGAAUGGAAACCCCACUUUUGCUGCUGUAGCUGCAGGUUAUGACAAGAGCCCAGGAGGUAGUGGAUUAGCAAAGGUUUCACCAAAUAAAACAGAUGUUUCUGGCAAUAUCAGCAUUUCUCACACACCAGUUGACAGUGAUGGCUCUGACAGUUCUGGUUUGUGGAGUCCCAUCAGCAACCCUAGCAGCCCAGACUUCACACCCCUCAAUUCAUUCUCAGCAUUUGGAAAUUCUUUCAACUUAACUGGGGAGGUUUUCAGCAAACUUGGGCUCCCUCGAUCUGCUUAUGGCCAGGAUAUGCAACGAAACUGGAGUGAAUUUAGUAACAUCCCUUCAUCCAUCUGGGACUCUUCAGCUACAGGUCUUGUACCCUCCUGGCCAACAAAUUCAGGUUCCCCAACUCACACAACUCCAUCGAUCCUUGGCAACCCCAGUGGCCUGUGGUCUACCACCACUCCCUUCAGCAAUUCUAUUUGGUCAAGUAACCUCAACGGCAGCCUUCCCUUCACCACGCCAGCAAAUACAUUAUCUGGAAUUGAUCUGAUGGGUAGUGAAAACUCCCCUGCUCCUCCUCCACCUUCUGGUGCCGGUGUUACUAACCUGGCUGAAGACAUGGGACAGACGUAUAAUCCCUGGCGAAUUUGGAGUCCUGCAAUUGGAAGAAGAAGCUCAGAUCCUUGGUCUAACACCCAUUAUCCUCAUGAAAACUAAAAUUAGGCUAUACAAAGGGACAUUUAUCCAGAUCAUGAUACAAUUCUGAAUAUGCCAUUUUUGGAACAUCAUUUUCAGGCUAUUAUUACCAUUGCUUUUUUCUUCCCCUUUUGCAACACAAUUGAACCAGCCAUGCUUUCAUUAAAGUCUACUUUGCAAUUAUGAUAGUGUGAGAUCACAGUUAAGCUUGUAAAAGUCAGUGUGAUGACAAACCAAACUUCAACUAAGAUUUAUAAAUUGGAAGAGCUUCCAUUGGUUUUCUAUUUUAUCAUCUGCCAUUCAUUAUUUGGGAGACAAUUUGAAUUAGAAAAUGGUCCCAGCAUGCAACAAUUUUAUCAAAGUACCAGUUCUGGUUUUUAAUUUUUUUUCCAGUAUUAUGCUCCAAGAUCUAAUUUUUUAAAAAAGCACCUUGUGCUCAAAAUGCAGAGUAUUUUUUUAAAAUAAAAUUGUCUUUGUUAACAGGUUCUAAGAAUGUAAAAACAUUAAGAACAAAAAUGGCUGAAUGUAAGAGGAUUCAUUCUGUUAAGACUGUAUACACUUCUGUCUUGUUUGUACAUUUGUAAACCUGAAUGCAUUUUUAAGUUGAACUGAAAUGCACAUAGCCAAGACUUGUGGAAGGAACAAGAUACCCUGUGCAUUUCUUAAAGAUACAACUUUGGAUUGUAUUUCAAAAUAAAAAAAAUGCUUUUUUCAAAAA